AUGGCGAAGGGGAAGUCCUCUGCAACGUCAGCAACCCGUAAGAAACAUGCCAGAAAAGCUGCGGGACAUCUCGACGAGCCAGCUGUGCCGAAAGAGAAGAAACCGAAAGGAAAGGACAAGAAAAACGUGGAGCCCAGGAAAAAGGUGUACAUCCCACCAGUGAAGCCGGCACCAGCCCAGCCUGAUCCUCUCGAUACACUUGGCCUCGCACAGAGGCUACCGCCGGAGCUGUUGGUGGUGCUCAGGAGACUUCCAAAGAAGGAUGCAACUACCAAGAGAAGAGCAUUAGAAGAGUUUCAGUCUGCAUGGGUGGAUCGAGGCCGAUUCGAGGGUAGUGACAGUACGAUUGUGCAUGCCCUUGUGGACGCCAUUCCCGUCUGGCUUCACCAUGUUCCUCCGCUGUUUCUUCACCCUUCCCGUCGUAUCCGACUGCUAGCCGCAGGAGUGCACUCGUCCUUGCUGCGUUUGCCAGGCUCAGUCCGGGAUCAGCUUCUAUUUUUCAUACGUGAAGUCGCAUCCAUGGACCAAGCGCAGUACAUUCUCGGGUCGUGGUGCAUGGCAGCGCAUGAUGUUGAUCGUCAGGUCUCCGCUCUUGCCCGGGACUGUUGGAACGAUGCCGUCUCGCUCUCCAAGGCAUCUGGAAAGAAACUUGUUCUGAAUGAAAGCCUGCUGGCCUCCCUGUGGGAGUUCAUACAGAACACGCUUCUUGAUCCCAUGGCAAUCUACCUGUACGUAAAUCCUCCUCAGUCAGUGACCCCAGCGUCCGCACCCCACAAGAAGGGCGGGAGACCCGUUCCAAGAUCCAUUCCGCCAAGACAGGACGAAGAUGCCAGUAUCCGGUCAAAGUCCGAAGAAGACGAGGAGAAUGUGCAGGACAGGAUGGCAAGGCUACGGGUGGGGGCCUUCGGUUCAGCGGAGUGGGUACUAAAUGGCCAUUUUGACAUGGAAGAUGGCAUUAUCCCAGAAGAGCUCCUCGCGCCGUUCUCGAACCCAGUUCUGUGGUCGGCGCUUUACCAUCUGCAGACGCCGCCUUUCGUGCAGGUCCAGAGCGCUGGAUACGGCCAACCUAAUGUGCGCAAGGCGGCAUGGUCUCUGCUCCAGACAUUACUCCGGACAUGUAGAGGACAUCUCAAGACACAAUUGCCAGUAUUGAGCAGUGCUGUACUGCGCUCAGCUUGGAUUGAGCCAGAUCAGAACGUAAGAGGGUCCAUGUGGCAGCCACUCCUCACGUUUUUGAAAGAAUUUCCGAACGCUUGGGAAAUUGCAGCCACAUCCGAGAAGGAAGAAGAAGCAGACGAGUCUGGGUCUGAUGACAGUGAAGAUGAGACUUUAAGCCCAGCACAGAAGGCCCCAGCUGUUCCAGCUCUUGGCCCUUCUAAGGCAUAUCGAGAAUUUCUGCAAUUCCUUGAGCUGGGUUGUGCGGGCAUGCCGCUGCAGGGUUAUCCAACAGUGCUUGUGAUCUUGUCCACUAUCCCGUCUUCGAUACUGGCUUCAACGUCAUCCCUCUCCCCGCUGGAAGAUCUCUUCGCCUCGUUUUGGGCCGCCAUCGACGGGCGCGCUCUGAGUUCGCUGGACCGGACUACAACCUCUGCUGCGUUCCUCUCAUCUUUACUGGAGUCCCUGAUAUUUUUCGUGCGACGUCUGAUGAGCAGUGCACCUGAGGACGCGGCCCUCCUGGCGAUGGGUAGCCCGGACGCAGAUCCCAGUGCUUGCACUGAGGUCGCUAAGAAACUUGCCAGGGAACAGUUCGCCAAAGCGUGGAGGGAGCUCAGUGCGGGCCACUUGAAGGUGGAGAACGCCACUGCCGCGUCCCUACUAGCUCGGACCCUGCUGUCGCUGAAUCGACUGGAUACCGAAUUGUUCCGUGCUGCAUGGGAUGUUCUGUCGUCGGGCGUGAAAGAACAAUUUAAGUACAACAACACAGUUAUUUCACCGCUGAUCUCAGUCCUCCUAAAAGUCUUCCUGAAACAAUUCCAACAGGGAAGCCUUCUCGAAGGUGCUACGAGGGUCCUCACCGGAGAUGUCUUGCAAGCCGCCGUUCGGCAAUGUGAUCAAAUGCUAAACUCCAUAGAUGCUCCUUCCGCCGAGCGCAUCUCGUCGCUGGUGAAUGUCUUGGACACAUUUGGCGAAAGACUGUUUGACGAUCCUGAGCUUGCCGCGGGUAUCGACGAGACAAUUCAACGACAUGCGUACCAGCUCAUUUCCUUCGCUCCCUCCCUUCUACUUGUAUAUCUCUCGCACCGCAAGGAUGAUGCGCUGUGCUCAGCCCUAUGGCACAGAGCCCUCCUGGAGAUUGCAUCGCAUCCGGACACCGCAGUCACUACACUUCCGCCUCUUCUGGAUGCUGCGGAGAGAGGAUUCCUUCCUCAAUACCUGAAGCAUGAAGUGAAUGAACUGGAUGAUCUGGCUGGUCGCCUGCUCACUGUGGCAGUGACUGGUACAAUGGGAAAUCCCGAACUGGCGCUUAUUCAGAAAUUGCUCCGCGUAUCAGAUUUCUUCUUCUCGGCGAGUUGCACCCAGGGCUUGGUUGAGAGUAUCUGCCAUGCGUUCGCUCACCACUUCCAUACCACCUUAUACGACGAAUCUGUGGCGUUAGACUCAUUUGACACCCUCCUCGAGCUCGUCCGUGUCCUGGUGGAAAACCAGUCUUUACCGUUGCCAGCCAAGGUCUCUGUCGCUUUGAUGCCGGACAUCUUCUUGUUCGCCUUCUUACUUCCCCAGUUCCUGCAAGUAGAAGCAGAGCAGCUGCUAUUAACUAGAUCACUCUGGGAGGCUUGGCUGGCACAGGUGACAGAAGGUGUGCAGGAGAAUGCUCGCGCAGUUAUCCGUCGGAGACUUCGCGAGUUGCUCGUUGAUUGUUCUGCACGACCGGCCCCUGAGGACAUACUGCAGAUGCUGGUGCAGGAUUGCCCCGGCUUGGCCGUUGAUGUCGUUCACGAUGUCUUCCCAUCCAGAGACGACGUGGAUGUCAUGCUUGAUGCUUUACCAUCGAUGCCUGCUGACCCAAGCUUAGCUGCAAUGGAUCCUCUUGUCCCACCGUCCUCUCAGUACGAAUACGAAUGGUCCCACACUGAAGCCUUCGACCACGCCGGGUACUCGGAAUAUUCGCGUAUCAUCAACGGUCUGUUAUUACAUCUCAUCCAGGACCGCCAAGCUGCGAGAGAAAAUAUGUGGGCACUGCGGCAUUUCCUCGCAUUGUCUCUCUACGCAGACGAUUUUGUCAAGGUCCCCUUUGCCCAGAGUCCGGUGUUCAAACCUCAUCUACCGAAGACCGUCCUACAGGAAUUGCAAUCGCGGGUGCAGCAAGUAACGACGUACCUCCUGUCUUCUUCACAAGAGGAAGGUUGGCACGCCAGCGCUGUCAACGAGGUCCUUUCGGGUUCCGCGAUCUCGCAUACGGAUGAGGUCGGGAGGCUCAUUGGUGAUCUGAUCGAGCACGCGAAGCACGACGAUACAGUGCGAGAAUCUCGUAUCCUCUACAUGAUCUUACAACAUGUCCUCAACAACUCUAGCAAGGGAGAGGCCAAUCUUUGGAUGUCCCUAUGUCGUAAGCUGGAAAAGUCAGCCCCGCAGACAUCAUUAGCAAUUGCACUUGCAGUCACGCGCUUCGCUCCCGAGCCGCCUCUAUUGGAUCGCUACAGAAAUGAGUUAGCAGCGGCAGUACUUGGAGUCCGUCCCUCCAAGGCCAACACGGAUGGUCUCUGGCUCUUACGCAGACUGAAUGUUACUGCGCCUGAUCCUGAAUCGGACGUUGUCUUUUUGUCUCAGCCAAGAGCGGUGAACUUCAUGAAGGCAUGCCAGCAGUGGAUUACGUCCGAUGAAGAUUUGGACGAGGAAGUCCAGGGAGAGAUGACCUCCACCUUUUUCCAUCUUGUACCUAUCCUGCAGAACAUGCCCGGUGCCCACUGGGAUCUAAUCUUCGAUGUUUUGGAGAACAAUCUCGAGAACUCUUCCUUCACCGAACCUUCGACUUUGGUGACGUUGAGCAGAUCAUUACGGCUGUUCAUCGCGAUACAAGACUUGGUCUCCACGAACAAAGCUUUGCGUGCUGUAUGGGAAGACAGACGGACAACUUGUCUCACAUUAGUCCGUGACCUCGUGGCCACGAAGCUUGAUGCGGAUAGGUCAUCUUUUCCACUAUCCAUCUGUCGCGAGCUCGCCUUGCAGAUUGUCCAGGACCUUCCCACGUCUCUCAUCGAUGAGACCACGUUACCAAAAUUCUGCCAUAUCAUCACCGACGCUUCUAUUGACGUGCAGCGAAUGGGCCAUCGACUCUUACACGAGGCAGCGAGGAAAUACACCGAACAUCUGGUCAUUGAGGCAGCUGUUGAUUCGGAGACUACCCUGCGGCCUGAACUCCCGCUGGAACUGGUCCAUAUCCUACAGCGCAAUUUGAACUACGAAGACCCUGUGGAGCAUGACGAUCAACAAUUAUCCGGAUACCUCCUCGCGUGGAUGAUCGUCUUCGAUCUGUUCACGAAUGCAUCGCUGAAAGUCCGAUCUGGGUACAUUGAUCAUCUGCGAGAUCAAAGUUUGGUGUCUUUAUAUUUCCUGCCCAGUAUCCUGAACAUUCUGGGAUUAUACGGGGGUAUACUGAGGGCAUUCAAACUCGAUGUCUGGGCUGUAGACGAAUACUAUCUUGAUUCCUAUUCGACAGAUUCUCCUUUAAGCCUCCGGCUACUCGCCGCUCAUCUCUACUACAGGGCACUGCUAGUGGUUCCAUCACUGAUUCGGGAUUGGUUGCGAGAGUGUAAAGACCGUCAGCUCUUUAACACAGUCACAGCUUACACGUCCAAUUACUUCUCGCCGAUCAUCGUCCGAGCCGAAUUGUCUGAAGUCAAAGAUCCUGACGCUACGGCCGACCUGGUGGACGAGAAUUUCACCCUUAAGACUGCAAGCGUUGUCAGCGAAGUGACAGCUGCGUAUAUAGUGGAUGAAUAUCAGUUAGAGAUCACGGUGAAAUUGCCCUCGGAUUAUCCUUUGCAUGGAAUUGAGAUCAAGGAUACAAAGCGCUUGGGAGUAGCUGAAGAGCGGUGGAGGGCAUGGGUGCUCGGUGUGCAACAAAUUCUGUCCUUCAGGGGCGGUCGCAUCGUUGACGGUUUCAGCUUCUUCAAAAAGAAUGUGUCGUCACACUUCGAAGGCAUACCUGAAUGCGCCAUAUGCUAUUCCAUUAUCAGCGCGACGGACGGUAGUCUACCGCGAAAGCCGUGCAGGACCUGUAAGAACCGCUUCCAUGCCGGUUGUUUGUUUCAGUGGUUCAACACUAGCCACUCUUCCAGUUGUCCGCUGUGCCGUUCUGAAGUAAUGUAA